GACCGCUUACGGUCCAUCUCGCUUACUGAAAUAUUUACCAUGGCAUCUAGUUACGAUGAGUUAUUUUUUAAGUAUUAUCUGUAUUAGGUCACCGUAAUAUUUGGUUAUAUAUGUUUUAAUCAUAACUCGUGGUAAUUAUAUAUGUAUAUAUAUUGCGGGCUUCGAAUGAAUUCGAAUCAGUCAUCAUCAAUCUAAUCUGAUGGAUAACAUUCACGUAGAACACCAAGAGACAAUGCUAGCAGAUACGACUAGUUUACCGGACACGGUUACAUCGGAAGUAAGCAUAGAUAUGGAAUGUUAUUCCUCAGACGGCGAAUUUGACGAAUCGAUAAAGGAAUGUAUGAAUUAUAACAUAACGAAGAAAAUUGUAAUGGAGCAAUCAGUUAAUACACCACAAUCAGAUGAAUUUGAAUUGAUUGACUAUGAUGCAUUAGAUAAAAUCAACCUGCGCUAUCUACGUCUGGGGAAUUUCGAAGGAAAACCUUGCACUAUAACUAGUCUGGAAAGUCAACUUUCACUUUGCAACGUUUUGAAAACUAUAAUACCUGCUCAAGUUAUGCUGCGAAAUUAUUUCCGAAAUAUGAAAGUUGAUAAAGAAAACAUGCUAGUUUUCAAAUCUACGGUUAUUAAAGAAAAAGUUCAACAACGUCGAGUUCUGCAGGAAAAAAAUGAAGGAUAAGUACUGAGAUGUAUUUAUGUAUUUUUUUAACAUGUUUAAGAACAUCAGUAUAGUUUUCAUUUUAUUUUGACUUAACUUCUUUUAGUUAUACUUUGU